CUUUUGUGAGUCAAAAUAGUUAUGCUCCGCCUGGUGACUCGAUCGAUAAGAGUACAGGCGCGAUGUCCGCCGCGUCGUCCACUCUUCCUUCGAACGCUCAUCAUGGACGCCGUCACGAAAUCCCUCGCCUCGCUGAGCAUUCAGCCGCGCGCGGUCGAGCACGCAGCCGCUGACACCCCCGACGCCUGGAGGGAGGCGGUCAAGGGCGCGGGAGCCGCCCCAGAAUCCUUUGAAUUGAUCAAGGUCCUCGUCUACAAGCCAAAGACAGCAAAAAGCGCGACCCCCGUUCCCGCAGUAGUCAUCGCACGCGAGUCGACCGAGACGCAGACGUCGGCGAUCGGCAAGAAGUUUGGCCUCAAGGACCUCCGCGUCGCGAACGAUGACCUGAUGCGUGAAUUCCUGACGGUGGACAGGACAGCAGUGUCCCCCCUCGCCCUCAACUCCACCACCUACCCCAAGGUCUUCACCAUCGUCGACGCGUCGAUCGAAUCUUCCCCCGGUCCCUUCGCCGUCCGCGCCCUGUCCUCCAGCUCCACCGUCUUGCUGUCCGGGAAGGAGCUCUUUGCAUACCUCAAGAGCCUAGAAACCGCAGAGCAGAAGCUCAAUGUCGUCGACUUUGCCGAGCUCAACUCCGGCGCCCCAGUCGUUCCCCCAGCCGGCCCGGCCAAGGCCAAGGAGGAUGCGAAGAUCGAGGGUGCCGUCCAAAUCGCUAUUGGCGUGAAGAAGGAGGUGGACUUUGCUGCCUGGUAUACCAACGUCCUGCUCAAAGCGGACAUGCUCGACUACUACAGCGUCAGCGGCUGCUACAUCUUGAAGCCGUGGUCGUACAGCAUCUGGGAGGAGAUACAAGACUGGUUUAACAAGGAGAUUAAGAAGCUCGGCGUCCAGAACUCUUACUUCCCCAUGUUCGUCUCUCAGAGCGUCCUUGAGCGCGAGAAGGACCACGUCGAGGGCUUCUCCCCGGAAGUCGCAUGGGUCACAAGAGCAGGACAGUCUGACCUCCAGGAGCCCAUCGCUAUCCGCCCCACCUCCGAAACGGCCAUGUAUCCCUACUACUCGAAGUGGAUUCAGAGCCACCGAGACCUGCCCCUCAAACUCAAUCAGUGGAACUCCGUCGUCCGCUGGGAGUUCAAGAACCCGCAGCCCUUCCUUCGCACACGAGAGUUCCUCUGGCAAGAGGGCCACACCGCCUUCCUCACUAAACCUGAGGCCGACGCCGAGGUCCGCCAGAUCCUCGACCUCUACCGCCAAAUUUAUGAGGACCUCCUCGCUGUGCCCGUCAUCCCUGGCAUUAAGUCAGAGAAGGAGAAGUUCGCCGGCGGCUUGUACACAACGACCAUCGAGGGCUUCAUCCCCACCUCAGGACGCGGCAUCCAGGCUGCGACUUCUCACUGCCUCGGGCAGAACUUCUCGCGACCGGAAAUGUUCAACAUCUCCGUCGAGGACCCGAGCAAACCGAAUGAGAAGCUGUACGUGUGGCAGAACUCUUGGGGCUUGAGUACGCGGACAAUCGGUGUUAUGGUCAUGGUGCACGGUGACAACCAGGGCUUGGUGCUCCCGCCGAGGGUGGCGAGCAUCCAGGCGGUCAUCGUGCCGUGUGGUAUUAAGGCGGGUGCGUCGGACGAGGAGCGGAAGAGCAUCAACGACAAGUGCGAGGCUAUCGCUCAGGAGCUGCGUGACGGGGGUGUUCGCGCGAAGGCCGACUUGCGUGAUAUCUACACUCCGGGCUACAAGUUCAACGACUGGGAGCAGAAGGGUGUUCCCCUUCGCCUCGAGAUCGGCCCCAAGGACCUCGAGAAGAAGUCCACGCUCACUGUCCGCCGCGAUACUGGUGCGAAGGCCCCGCUGCCCCUCGAGAACAUUGCCGCCGGCGUCUCCUCCCUCCUCGAGACUAUCCAGCGCGAGAUGUUCACGAAGGCGCGCGACACCUACUACGAGCGCAUAAAGGAGGUGACGAAGUGGGAGGACAUCGUGCCGACGCUCGACGCGAAGUGCGUCGCGGUCAUCCCGUGGUGCGAGGUCGAGGCAUGCGAGGAUGAUAUCAAGGACCGGAGCGCGAAGGAGUCUGCCCCCACCGACGAGCGCGCGCCGUCAGCUGGUGCGAAGUCGCUAGCGAUUCCGUUUGACCAAUCGCGCUGGUCGCCCAUCGAGCCGGGCAAGACGAAGUGCCCGGCAUGCGGCAAGGACGCGAAGCGGUGGACGAUGUUCGGCCGGUCCUACUAGACAUUGUCGUUUGGGACUUGUCGACGUGAUGGGUGUCCGCGCCAGGUGCGGGCUGUUGUGAUGUCGGUGUUGGUCGCAGUGUUGUCGAGUUGCUAAUCGCGUAUGUGCUCUGACGUUGUAUGUUUCUUAGUACGCUACUGGGUCUUGCAGUCAAUCGAAAAGGGCAGCCUUGAGGCUGCCCAAUCCACUCUCA